CAUACAUCUAUCCCUGUGUGUUUACAUACUUUUUACUUUCUUUUUCCUUUUGGUUACUCUGUAAUAUCAGUGCAGUGGAAGAUUCCAUAGGAAAAUUUUCACAACUUUACUAAUCACAUAGACCAAUAGAAAAAUGAAGUUUUUUAAAGAAAUGUGCUCUAAACAGGCACUUUCAAUCCCAAAGUUUUUAUUACUAAAUUCAAAGGCUCUAAGUUCCUCUGUUAAAUUGCUACAAAAAUGUCUAUACACUCUCAAUUUCUGUCCUUAUCUCAGCGUGGCCAGUUGGGUGAGCAGAGUCGGCUCCAUACGUGGGAGGUGCUGUAUGAACAGCUGACUGCGUAAUCUGGCCCCAGCCUGCCUUGGCUGUCUCGUGUCAUGCUGCUCUUUGGAUUUACCUAUGACAAGCUGUUCUUUGUUAUCAGGUUAUGCCGUGUAUUUUUGCUUUACUUCUGGCAUGACUUCACAUUCUCUUCUUCCCUCCUGGAAUGCCCUCCCUGGCUGUAGAGCACCUACACAUUUUAGACCAGCCUAAUUGUUGCCCUGCCCGUGAUGCUUCUCUUGAAGCCUUUGCAUCUCCAUCAGUGUUUUUCUUUGAACCUUCCUUACUUCAUGGGGCUGCAGUUUUUUCUGUACCAAAAAAAUUCCUUGAAGGUCUUAAUUCUCUUUUUCAUCCUUAUAUGUCAUUGGCACACACAUUUUGUCCUGAAUAAAUGCUUACUGAAUUGAAUCAGCUCAGCAAAUUAUGUGAUUUCUGUUUCUUUCCUUUUGUUCUUAACCAGAUAGUUUUUACUCUUCUGCUUUCAUGUUUGUGGAUUUCCUUAUAAGGACAUAACCAUUUUGAUACACAUUAAAAUUUUCUUUCCUCUUUUGUCAAAUCUGAGUUUAAAAACAGAGGAAAUACAACUUCCCAUUGUCUUAUUCUGAUAGUAGGUCCUGUCCCAUGGGCAUCACUGUCACUAUCUGUCACUGUAUCCCUGACAUAUACGCCACCCAGCAGUGUACCCCAGUCCCCUGUAGUGAUAAGUAUAUAUAGAUGAAUAUAAACUCCCACAGUACCUGGUAGGAUGCUUUAGACUCACACUGACCUAAGCUUCAAUCCCUAGGCAUACACUUGCUCUGUACCUUAGGGAAGUUCCUUAGUUUCUCCAAGCUUGUUUCUGCCAGUAAAAAUAAAGGUAUCUUAGGAUGAUACUACAGGGAAACCAGAGUUGCUUGAUAAAUGUUCAUAUACUCUGUUCAGAUACACAUGAGGAUGGGCAUCAGGACAGAUGAACAGAAGAUAAUGGAUCUGCCUGUCUCUUUAAAGGGCUGGGGCCAACCCAUUGGGCAGACUGGCAGGGAAGGAGGACUGCUGUCAAAUUCUAUCUUUGGCAAAGUCUUGGCUGCUCCUCUCCUCCUGCCCUCUGACUUCCUGUUCACAGCCGGCAGGAUACCUCCUUUGGGAGCUCAGGGCUGUGUGACUGAGGAAGCUAGAUGAGCAAUUGCUGCGUGUUCGAGUGGGUGGGUUGGUUGGGAGGCAGGCUAGUGACAUAAAAUCGGCAUAUGGAAAUCCCCAAAGUUCACAUCUCAAAUGAUGCCAGAGGUCCAGAUCCUUGCCAUGAAGGAGGCUUGAGGGCACUUCUUUAAGCACUCCGGCCCUUCUCCUUUACGUCAGCUUCUCCUCUACCCCUGCUUAACUUUGGAAAGAAGGAAGUAUGAUGCACACUUUUUGGUCAGUUGAUUUUGAUUAAGUUAAAAACGGGUGUCAUUCACUAUGUUGUCCAUGUUCACAGCCCCGUGCCUGUGCUCCGUUUUCACCCCAGAAAUGCUGUCUUCCUUUUGCCUACCUCAGCCCCACACCUCACCAAACACCAGAUCUUCUGUCUUCCUCCCCAACGUCCCUCUUCCUCCUAAGCUGCUACCAUUCAUUAAAGAGAAAUCUUGUUUAUUGUGCUUCACACAAUAACUGCUGUGGAUCUUGUCCUUUAUGUCCAGUUACUGUGCAAACCACUUGGGACCAAAUAUUAAGUCUGACAGUCUGGGGUUCAAAUCCUAGGUCUGUACCUUAUUCCCUGUGAAAACAUGUUCCCUGUUUGAGCCUCAGUUUCUUUUGUAAUAACUAAUGAGCAAGUAUAUAAAACACCUAAUGUAGAUCUGGCACUUAAUGGGUGUUUAAUAGAUAGAAGUUAUAAUUUAGAAAUAUUUGGGUAGUGUGAUGAUUGAGGCAAUGAAUUACCAUUUAUUAACUUACUGCAUCCAGAUAUAUAUAUAUAGGAAAUCUGUUUAGAAUUUACAAAGCUGUUUUACAGUUACUGUUGUUGAAUGGGUAUCAGAUAAAUGCCUAAUGGUAUUUGCAGUGUGACUUCAAAGCUUUCAAGAGCUUUUCCAGUUUGCAUUGCUAGGACUUUUUUUGAUAGUAGUCCCAUGCUGCCUUCUUUUUGUGAUACCUCCUACUCAGAGAGCCCUCUGGCCCUCCCCACAGUGUUCUGCCUGCUAUGUGGAGGUAAAUUCUAUGUUCACCUUCCUUUGUCCCUUAUUGCCCGCCUCUCUUGCCUGAAGUCUUAUCUUGUCCUCUGGGAGGUAUGCUAAGUGCUCUGCCAGCCUGCCUGAGUGGCUGGCCUGUUUUUUUUCACUGCCAGCACCUCUUGGAUUCCAAUUCCAAACAUGGUAUCCCUCUGGGGUCACCCUUUCUUCCGGUGCCAAGAGAGAACGCAUUCCAAAUGGAACACAAGUGUGCCUCCCAUGCAGGGCUCUCUGCAUUCUGCUUGGGAACAACAGAGAGCAGGAUGUGGCCGCUUUAGCUCACACUGCUCAAGUUUUCAGUCUCAUUGUCCUACCUUUCUCUCAGAACAACUGAGGUUUUUUGUUAGGGACCAAAUAUGAAGACUGUUCUAAGAAACCUGGAGCCAAAGAAGCUUACCAGAGCUCUGCAGGGAGGGCCACAGCCUUGCUGAGGCAGAGAGAAAGUUUUGAAAUUCUCUAUGCUGUGUACUAUGUUCUGCCAUUCAUCCCCAAAGCUACCAGGAGCAUUCCUGCCAGCAGAGGAGGAGCUGGUGGUGAGAAGCUGCAGGUGAGAAGAUAUCUGGGAGGACAGAUUAAUUCAUCUGGGUUUCCCAUUUGGGGACAGCAUCAGAGCCCAGCGAGCCUUUGAGCCACCCCAAAGAUGGGCACCAACACCAGCAUGGCGGGCCAGCUCCUCUGGCAGGGGCCUGUGUGCAUUAGCUGGAAGCAGGAUCUGGAAGGGGCUGUUUACCACCUGGCCAACUGCUUCUUGCUCCUGGGCUUCAUGGGGGGCAGCGGGGUAUAUGGAUGCUUCUACCUUUUUGGCUUCCUGGGCACGGGCUACCUGUGCUGCGUGCUGUGGGGCUGGUUCAAUGCCUGUGGGCUGGACAUCAUCCUUUGGAGUUUCCUGCUGGCAAUGGCCUGCCUGCUCCAGCUGGCACACCUGGUGUACCGUCUGCGUGUGGACACCCUCCCGGAGGAGUUCAAUCUCCUCUAUAAGACACUAUGGCUGCCCCUGCAGGUGCCCCUGCACACCUACAAGGAGAUUGUUCUCUGCUGCCAGGAGCAGGUCUUGACUCUGGUCACAGAGCAGACCUAUGCCGUGGAGGGGGAGACACCCAUCAACCGCCUGUCUCUGCUGCUUUCAGGCCGGGUCCGUGUGAGCCAGGAUGGGCAGUUUCUGCACUACAUCUUUCCCUACCAGUUCAUGGACUCUCCUGAGUGGGAAUCGCUGCCGCCCUCCGAGGAAGGCAUCUUCCAGGUCACUCUAACUGCCGAGACUGAAUGUAGCUACAUUUCCUGGCCCCGGAAAAGUCUCCACCAUCUUCUGACCAAAGAACGAUACAUUUCCCGCCUCUUCGCAGUCCUGCUGGGCUAUGACAUCUCAGAGAAGCUCUACACACUCAAUGAGAAGCUUUUUGCUAAGUUUGGACUGCGCUUCGACAUCCGCCUCCCCAGCCUCUACCACGUCCUGGGUCCUUCUGCCUCAGAUGGAGGGCCGGAGUCCGAGAAGGACGAGGAGGAAGGCUGCGAGCCAGCCACAUGCCCCGCUCUGCCGGUGCCCACCUCUGUCCAGCAAAGCCCACCUUGUUCUCCCCCUCCAGCUGCCACCAACUUUCCUGCACCUCUAUUCCGGGCCCGGAUGUCCAGGCCUGACAGCGGCAUCCUGGGUGAGGACUCCACCAGUCUGGUGCUGGAGGAUUUUGAGGAAGUGUCAGGAUCAGAGUCAUUUAUGGAUUAUAGGAGUGAUGGGGAGUACAUGAGGUGAGGGCAGAACUAACACGGGCAUGGUCACCAGCUCAGGAUCCACUUUCUAGAACUCCUCUCCAGAACUCCUCUCGAAAUAUGUACAGGGUCCAGGCCCCUUUGGCUCCACUCCACACUCCUGAACUCUAAGGAUCCCCUGGCUCUCCUUCUCUGUGUGGCCAGGACAGCUCUCCUGUGUGUUCACAGUUGCCCACUUGUAUACCCACCCUCCUGUCACCACAGAAGACUCUUGGGCAAGGUAGGCGUGGAUGUGAGGUGCCCACACCGCAGUGGCUGGGACAUGGAGGAGCUCACCCUCUGAGUUUUCCUUCCAGAGACGUGUUCAGAGUGGCAGGGCCCAGGUCCUUUCCUUGCUGAGAGUCGCAGCAACCUGUAGGCCUCCCAGAGCCUCACUGUCAGUGGAUUGUAA